AUGUCAAACCUAGCUGUGACAACCUGUAAUGGCCGCUCAGAGUACUGCACCCGGUCCUACUCGAAUAUCACAUUCGUAGGCUCCCACGACUCUGCCUUUGUCGGACCCUUACCCCAGCAGAACCAAAACAUCGAUAUAAAAGCCCAACUUGACAUGGGAAUCCGGUAUCUGCAAGUGCAAACACACCGCUCCAUCCUUGACGGGAACAUCAUAGAGCUGUGCCAUACCUCAUGCUUGCUCGAAGAUGCAGGAACACUCAAAUCAUUCUUGACGACUAUAAAAAACUGGCUGGAUACAAACCCGAAUGAAGUUGUUAGUCUUCUCUUGACGAACGGCGACUCAAUAGCAAUCACCGAAUUUGGAGACACUUUCUCCGGCAGCGGGAUUGAUAACUACGCCUACGUUCCCUUCGCAAAUCCGCUAUUAAUAUCAGACUGGCCCACACUGGGUGACAUGAUAUCCAGAGGAAAGAGAUUGGUGGUAUUCCUGGACUACGGUGCUGAUACUACAAAAGUGAACUUCAUUCAAGACGAGUUCGCCUACUACUUCGAGACAGCCUAUGACGUCACAGACUCCUUUUUCUCAAACUGCAGCAUCGACCGACCCUCUGAUACCGCUGCUACAGGCCGUAUGGGCAUUGUCAACCACUUCCUUGAUGUCGAUAUUUUCGGCAUAAAGAUUCCAGCUCGCCACAAGGCAGACACUACUAAUACUGCAACCGGGCCUGGGUGUAUUGGUGCUCAGGCGGGACUAUGCGCUAAGUUGUAUGGGAAUGCGCCGAAUGUGCUGCUAGUGGACUUUGUGGAUAAGGGGGAUGUUAUUACAGCGCAGAAGAAUCUAAAUGGGUUCUAG